CACCCACCCCCCCCAAACCCCCCCCCCCCCCCACCCCACCCCCCCCCACCCCCCCCCCCACCAACCCGAAUAGCUUUUUAUAAACCCCCAAACCCCCAAAACCGAUAUUCGUUCUGUAAGCUACGGAUUUUUUUUAGAGAGUGCGCGCAUAUUUUAACUACUUUAACCACGAUUAAAUAUAGAAUUUACUGUAAUUUUAAGGUCACAUGCAAUAGGGCAUUAUCUUAGCGGCGAUUGCCUGUACUACUAUUAGAAAAGAAAGUGAGAUACAUACCAUUGCUGGAUUUAUCACAUGUGUUGGCUGGGUUAUUCGGCCGGAAAAAUACACAAAAAACAGCAAGAACGAAGUAGUAGUGAAUUCUAGUAGUGAAUGAACCGGACAAGUAUGUGUACGCCAUGACGUUAAUAUUUUUUUAGUCUUUCUCUUAUUAGAUAGAUGUACAUUAAUCAAUUGAACAUACGAAGAGAGAGAACAUCUUUCUGUUUUAUACGUAUGAGUACAGAAAAAGCGGUUCCUUGUUCAUGACGGCGUAUGAGACGAUGAUUCACUACUUUUUAUAUUCGUUCGCCGACUUUCUGUAUUUCUUUUCUCUCCUACCAGCCACGAUAACACAGUUUUAUCGAAGCUAUAGUAUAUAUGUUUCCCAAAAUAUAAAAAGUAGAGAAUCAUCCUCUCAUACGCCGUCAAGAAGAAGGAACCGCUUUUCCUGUACUCAUAUAUAUAAAACAAUCUGUAUUUCUUUUCUCUCCUACCAUCCACCAUAUCUUAGUAGAGCCGUAUCAAAUAAGAUAUAUCUUCUUUGUUUUUGUAUCCUGCAUAUGCCUCACAUUCCUCGUUCAUUUCUGACACAAAAACAAAGACAAACAACGAAAGAGGUUCCUUCUCUUCGGUGUCCGUAUAGCCAUUAAUGAUGAUCUUUUUUCUCACUUCCUUCUCUCAUUUACUGUCUAUUGCUCGACUAACCUGUGGGAUUGCCGAAAAACGCUCUCCUUGAAGAAGAGUUGCACCCUUAAAAUAUUUAACGCAUAUUUAAAAGCUCCUAUUUUUAUCAUAAAACACUUGUGAGAAGAGAAAUAUAGUGUAGUAGUGUGAAGCAAAACCAAACGCCCGUUUCGGAGAUUUCUUACAUCAGUUUACAUUUCCGUGAAAAUAGCGGAAGGAUGGUUGAGUAGAAACGCACACACUUAUGGCGUCACGAUAAGCAGUUUCAUUUUUUUAUAGGUCGAUAUUUCUCUCUCAUGGAGAGUUCUUGACCUAGGGGAUAGAUAAAAAAAUUUAACUGCAUUUUAGAGGAAACUAUUUUAACUAGAAGCAUAAAACUGAUGUAAAAUUCUAUUAAAGAGCGUCUCAGGGCAAACAUAUGUAGAGAAUUUGAGAGAGGGCGGUAGCUGAAAAUGGACAGAUAAAACAUGGAUUUGUCGGUCAACAUCAUCGACUAGAUGGCCAGUGACAACAACGUAAUCAAACUUUUUGUUGAUCUAAUAGAAAUUUUGAUCUAAGAGAGAUUUUUUACCUAAUUAUCCUUUCUCUAACGUGAGAAAACGAAAAAACUUUUUAAUAAAUUUAUUUGUUUCAAUAUGCCACAGAAUAUAUAGUGUACUUCAAUAUUUCUAAAAUUCUGUGACUUUUGUGAAAAUUAUAUAUACAACAUCAUGCUUCGCAAAGUAUUACAGUUUUCUAAUAUUAAUGAUAAAUAAUCAUUGUUCCAGUUAGAUACGUUUUGUUCCAAUAAUUUAGUACAAGGUUUAUUACAUCAAACAAACGUGAUUCGUCGAAGUACACUCAUAUUCCUUUUAAUCAAAUUAAUUAUCGUUGUUUAUGUAAUAGAUCUAUCAAAUUUGACGGUUAUCAGCUAUCCAAAAUCAGCAACGUUUCUUAUUUAUAAAGGAGAAUUCUCAUCGGCCGAUGAUAUAGUGAAUGUUAGUGUUAUGAUUCCAAUUACUCAUCACGGAUGUUAUUUGGUACGUGCUAAAGCAGCAGCUAUGAUUCCUCAAUGUCGGCGAAAGCAUAAACGAUUUACUUUAGGCGGUGCUGCUCUCCUUACAGCAGGAGCUGCACCCGGUUUGGGUACAAGGAACGCAGUUGAAAUUAAAAAAUUGCAAGCAAGAAUUUUUCCUUAUCAUUAA